AUGGCUGCCAGCAGCCGUUUUGCAAACGUUUCGGACGAGGAAAUCGGAGAAAUAAAGGUCAAUGCUGUCCCGAAAUCAACACAAAAUGCUACGAACUAUGGCGUAAGACUUUUCAAAGGUAAGUAAACUUCUUCCGCUAGUCUUACUAUUCUAUUUUGAAACUUAACAAACUGUCACAGAUCGAUAACAAAAGCUGAACUUGCUGUUUAAUUUUUUUCUCAGAAUGGUUUGCACAACAGCCUGAUUUCACAACUGAGUUUGAGCCCAUGGAAGGGACAGAAAUGAACAACUGUCUCCCAAAAUUUUACUUAUCAGCAAGAAAGCAAGACGGAAGUCAUUACAAGAAGAAAAGUCUGUUGUCUAUUAGGGCAGCCCUAGAUCGCUAUCUACGCUCACCGCCUAUAAAUAAGAAAUUCUUUAUUUGCGACACAAUUCAGUUUAACGAGGCAAAUAAAGCUGUAAAUUCCUACCUUAAGCACCUUGCCAGUACAGGGUUAAUUGCCUUUAUGGUUCACAAAAAUCCCUUAACAGCGGAAGUAGUGCAAAAGCUGUUUGAAGCAAGAGAAUUGGCGUGUGCGGAGACAAAAAAUCCUCUUGCUUUGCUGCAGACAACAUGGUUUUACGUUUCUCUCUAUCUCGGGAAAAGACGGAGAGAAAGUCAAAGUUUAAUGAAGAAAUCUGUGCUCCGUCUGACGGUGACAGCCACAGGUGAAGACUUCUUUGAGCUAAAUAAAGCAGAACCAGGCGUAGUGCUCUCCACUGAAAAUCACACGGGCGGCAUUGAUGGCAGUGAAGAUCACGGAGAUGGGAAAAUAUUCUCAUGCCCUGGUUCCAAAAGAUGCCCGGUUAAGACGAUUAAAGCGUACCUUUUCCAU